GUUCAAAUCAUAACCUCAAAUCAAACUUUUGUGGAGUUUUGAGUGCUUAAUGUGGUUUUUAAAUCUUUUUAAUUUAAUAGAUAUUAAAUAUUUAACAUAAGAGGAAAAUGGGACAAGAGGAACCCGUAGAGAGCAAAAAGUCACAUAGAGAGAGAAAUUCUGGCCGAAAAGCUGACAAAAAGAAAAACAAAAAUGACCGUAACAAAAAUGAGGAAUUAAGUGAUAAACAAAGGAAUCCUAAGGCGUUUGCUUUUAAUUCUGCGAUUAGAGCUGAACGUAGAUUUCGACGUAAACAAGAUAUCGAAACUAAAAAGCAACAUAUUCCUUUAGUAGAUCGAACACCUAUUGAACCCCCACCAAUUUUAAUUGCUGUUGUUGGACCUCCUAAAGUAGGAAAAACGACAGUAAUAAAUAAUCUAAUCAGAUUAUUUACAAGAUCUCCUUUAAAAGAUAUUAAAGGUCCAGUUACGAUUGUUACUGGAAAGAAAAGAAGAAUAACUUUAAUUGAAUGUAAUAAUGAUAUCAAUUCAAUGAUAGAUUUGGCAAAAGUGUGUGAUUUAGCCUUAUUGUUAUGUGAUGCUAGUUUUGGAUUUGAAAUGGAAAUAUUUGAGUUUUUAAAUAUUUGUCAAGUUCAUGGAAUGCCAAGAAUUAUGGGAAUUUUAACUCAUCUGGAUAUGAUAAAGAAUAGUAAAGCUUUAAAGAAUACAAAGAAAACUCUUAAACAUAGAUUUUGGACUGAAGUAUAUUCUGGUGCUAAAUUGUUUUACCUCUCUGGUAUUAUUCAUGGGGAAUAUUUGCAUAAUGAAAUUAAAAAUUUGGGGCGCUUUAUAUCCGUAAUGAAAUUUAGACCCUUAAUAUGGAGACAGAGUCACAGUUAUCUUUUAGGAGAUAGAUAUGAAGAUUUAACCAAUCAGGAAUUAAUAAGAAAAGAUCCUACAUGUGAUAGAAAUAUUUCAUUGUAUGGUUAUAUCCGUGGAGUACCUUUAAAGAAGGAAAAUAGUGUUCACAUUGCUGGUUUUGGUGAUUUAAAAAUUCAAGAUAUAUCUUAUCUACCCGAUCCUUGUCCACUUCCUGAAGAAUUAAAAAAACGCUCAUUAGUAGAGAAGGAAAAAUUGGUAUAUGCACCUUUCUCUGGAGUAGGAGGUAUUGUUUAUGAUAAAGAUGCUGUAUAUGUUGAGUUAGCCGGUUCUCAUAGUCAUAACAAGAAAAAUGAUGAGGACGAAGAAGAAAAUAUAGUAUCUAACUUAAUUGACACUAAGGAAACAUUGGAUGUAAAGAUGGAAUAUUCGGAAAUGCAGUUGUUUACUGGUGGAGAGAAACUUACUGCUAAAGAUUUUGAAGAAGAACAUGAUAAAGAUAGCACUGUUGCUGAAAUUAGUAAGCCUGUAAAUAGUAUUUUGAAAACUAAUACAGGUGAUGAUCAAAUAUUAAAUGAUGAGCUAGAACAACUUAGAACAAGCAACUAUUCAGAAGAAAAAAUCGAGAGUGAUGGAAGAAUAAGGCGUAAGGUUAUUUUUCAAAAUAAUGAAUCGUUUUCUGAAACUUCUGAGGAUUCUGAAGAGGAUGCUAGUGAUAUUGAGGAGGAUACCUUACCAGAAUCAGUAAAUAAGAAUAGUGGCAUUCAUUUAAAGAUUAAAAAUGUUCUGAAUGAGUUGGAGGAUAAGAAGAAAAAUAAAGAAAACACAGAAGAUUUAGAAGAUAAUGAAGAUAUUUUGAAUGAUAAUGAAGAUGAAGAAUAUAGUUCUAACAGUGAUUCAGAUGAUGAUGAACCUGAUGAGGACAUGGCAGUUAAAUGGAAAGAUAAUUUGUUGAAGAAAGCUCAAGACGCUUUUCUAGAUAGAAUUGCAGGAUCUCAAAAUUUAAUGAAACUAGUUUAUGGCGUAUUUGAUUUGAAACAUAAAGAGAAAGAAGUAAUUGAAGAGAAUUCAGACAAUGAUAGCGUCGAAGACUUGAUAACAAGAAAUGUUACCAAGGAACAGGAAAAAAUAAGAUUGGAGAAAGAUACAAUGGAUUUAACAGAAUCUGCUUUGAUAUUCCCAUGGAAUACUGCAACAAAAGACUGGACAACAGAAGAGAAUAAAGAAUUAAUAAUAAAUUGCUUUGUAACUGGAAAAUGGAAAGAUUCUGAAGAUGCAAGUGAACUUUUAAAACUGGACGAGGCAGAGGAUUUGGAAGGUUCAGAUGGAGAUAUGUAUGGGGAUUUUGAAGAUCUGGAAACUGGUGAAAAACAUACAGCAACACCGGAUCCUAAUUCUGACACACAGAAUCAGUCAGGAAAUAAACGUAAGAGGGAUUCUGAAAUCGAUGAAGAGGCAAGUAGAGAGGCACUGGCAGAAAAGAAGCGAAAGUUGAAGGAGAAAUUUAAUUCAGAGUAUGACAAUACAGAAAAGAAUACUUUUUAUGAUGAGUUAAAGCUCACAGCAGAGAAACAAGCUCAGUUAAACAAAACUGUAUUUGAAAAUCUGCCUAACGAGAUCAGAGUUCAAAUGGAAGGUUUCAGACCUGGGAUGUAUGUUAGAAUCGAAUUUGCAAAUGUCCCUUCCGAAUUCAUUACUAAUUUUGAUCCAACUUAUCCUCUAGUAUUGGGAUCUUUAAAUAUGGGCGAAGAAAACAUUGGUUUUGUGAAUGUUAAAAUAAAGAAACACAGAUGGUAUAACAGAAUUUUAAAGUCGAACGAUCCUUUAAUUCUGUCAUUAGGUUGGAGAAGAUUUCAGACAGUUCCAGUUUACUCUAAACUCGAAGAUGACUUAAAAUACAGAUACUUGAAAUAUACUCCUGAGCACUUAGCUUGUAAUGCUCAUUUUUGGGGCCCUAUAACACCACAAGCUACAGGUUUCUUGGCGCUACAAAGUGUUGAUUCAAAUCCUCAGGAUUUGAAAAAGCAAGGUUUCAGAAUAGCCGCCACAGGAUCGGUUCAAGAGCUGGAUAAGUCGACGCAAAUAAUGAAAAAACUAAAACUUAUAGGCUAUCCACUGAAGAUCUAUAAGAAAACUGCUUUUAUUAAGGGAAUGUUUAACAGUGCUUUAGAAGUAGCCAAAUUUGAAGGGGCCAGGAUAAAAACAGUGUCUGGUAUUAGAGGGCAAAUUAAGAAGGCAAUCAAUAAACCCGAGGGUUGUUUUAGAGCAACGUUUGAAGAUAAGAUUCAAUUAAGUGAUGUCGUUUUUUGUCGUACUUGGUACAAAGUGGACGUACCCGAAUUUUAUAAUCCCGUUACGACUUUAUUAUUACCGCCCGAUAUGAAAAAUAGAUGGAAAGGCUUUAGAACUACUGGAGAAAUUAAAAGAGAGAAGAAUAUUCAAAAUACUCCUAAUACAGAUCAUCUCUAUCUGCCUGUGGUAAGAGAGGAGAAACCGUUUAAACCAUUAAUUAUACCCGCCAAGUUACAAAAAGCUUUGCCAUAUAGAGACAAACCAAAACAUGAUGUUAAAAAUAUGGAAAAGAAGAAGGGUAUAGAGAGGGUGGCUGUUAUACGGGAGCCACAUGAACAAAAGAUUUCGUCUAUGAUGAAAAUGAUAAAGGCUUCAUAUCAACACAAGCAGGAACGAUUGAAAAAAGAAACGAAAGAGAGGUUAGAAAAACACAGAGAGGAAGUUUCUAAUCAAGAGAAAAGUAAAGACAGGAAAAUCAAACAGAAAAAGAAAGAAGUUAUGAGACAUAGAAGUAAAGCACAAAUAAGUCAAGAAAAAAGAAGUAAACGAUAGUUUGUUAAUUUUUAAUAAUAAAUGUUUAUAUAAAACGUUUUCCUUUAUACUUUUUUACAAACUGUUUUUCACUAGUGUUUUAUAUGGGCAUUUUUAGAGAUAUACAGUCACACAUAUUUUUUGUUUUUAAUAUUUAACAAUUUAUUUUUAUAAAAACUACAUAUAAUAACAAAAUAUAAAUCUUACCUAACUCAGGAUAAAUUAAGAUACAUAAUUAUAAUUUUAUAUACAUAUAUAAAAUUAAGAAUAUAUGAUGCAUGGAUAAAGUACAAUUUUUAAAAUUAAAAACAGUUUAAUCUAUUUUAAAGUUC